GCAACACACACGGUUCUCAAGAUGAAACUCAGCUGGCUGAGAUCACUUAUUUUAGUUUCCUUCCUCACCAAUCACUCAGUUUCCCUUCUGUGGCCAGCAUCGUCAAAUUUGGGUUUAACUCUUUCGGUUUCCUUUCCCAUUGCUGAGCUACUUCCGGAGCGUCGCAUUUUGAUAGAUUGGUGCUUUGCUAUCUCUUAUAAUUACCCGUACAACCUCACGGAAUUUUAUAGUAUACCCAUAUGGCCGGGAUUUGCCAAUUACAAAGCUAAGCGCGAAGUUACCACCCUGGAGCUAACCGAUGAAAGUUUUUACGCAAAAUACGGACAUGAUGGGGAGACCGGAAUACAUCCAAAGGAUUUUUCAGCUGCCGAGCUCUACGCCUUUUUGGAGGAUAAUCUAGCAGGUUAUGGAAUCCAUGAAACGUGUUUGCUGAGAAGUGUCUGUGAAUUGGCCCAACAUCCCUUUGAUGAUAAACAUAGACACAUGCUGACUGAUAUUGUUACUUUCGUACUGAGUCCCUCCCAACAUGAAGGCUUUCAAGAUGAUGAAGAUGUAUAUAGAGAAGCCUACGAGCAGGCCGAGCAAGAUGGAUUUUUGGGCAGAGACUGCUCGAGAUUGUAUUCCCACUGCAAACACGACCUGUUACAGCUCAUAAGCCAAGUCAUAUUUCAAUAGAACCAAUAAAAUAACACAAAGA